AUGGAUUUCUCAGACCCCCAGGACACAAACCUCAUUAGGGGAGCCAGAGACAUGGCAAAGGAGGCCAAAAAACAAGCCUCCAAAAAGGUCAACAAGGUCGUCGACCGAGCGUCGGAAGAGUACUCGCACAGCCGUGCCUACCAGCGCUUCCAAGACGAAGACGACGACUACUACUCGCAACCCGCGGGCAACUACACAGGCAAUCACACCAUCGAAGAGGAAGGUUCCAGCGACGCCACCGAAGGCCACGAUGACGAGGACGAGAUUUAUGAGGGCGAGUACCAGGGAAUCCCAGGAGAGUUCGGGCUCAGGGACGGGCAGGUGGCUCUGGGACGGCCUGUGGCGGAUGUCCUGAAGGACCAGAAGGAGCUGGAGAGUGAGAGGCAGGCGGACGAGGAAGAGCUGGCGCAGCAGUACGAGCUGAUCAUCCAGGAGUGCGGACACGGCAGGUUUCAGUGGCAGCUGUACUUCACGCUGGGGUUGGCGCUCAUGUCCGACGGUGUGGAGGUGUUUGUGGUGGGAUUUGUGCUGCCCAGUGCUGAGACAAAUAUGUGCCUGCCUGAUUCGAGUUCCGGAUGGUUAGGUAGCAUCGUAUACCUGGGAAUGAUGUUGGGUGCUCUCUUCUGGGGUGGAAUGGCGGACAAGUUGGGCCGGCGUCAGUGUCUGCUGAUCUGCAUGUCCAUAAAUGGAUUCUUUGCCUUCCUGUCCUCUUUUGUCCAAGGCUAUGGGAUCUUCUUAUUCUGUCGUGUAAUAGCAGGCUUUGGGAUUGGCGGCACGGUGCCCAUCGUGUUCUCCUACUUUGCGGAGGUCUUGGCAAGAGAGAAGCGUGGUGAGCAUCUGAGCUGGCUUUGCAUGUUUUGGAUGAUUGGUGAGAUCUACGCUUCAGCCAUGGCCUGGGCUAUUAUACCUCAUUAUGGAUGGAGCUUCAGCAUGGGUUCGGCAUAUCAGUUCCACAGCUGGAGGGUGUUUGUGGUGGUCUGUGCCCUGCCAUGUGUCUGCUCUGUGGUGGCCCUCACCUUCAUGCCUGAAAGUCCCAGGUUCUACCUCGAGGUGGGGAGGCAUGAUGAAGCGUGGAUGAUCCUUAAGCAGAUUCACGACACAAACAUGCGCGCACGCGGCCAGCCUGAGAAAGUCUUCACUGUAAACAGAAUCAAGAUCCCAAAGCAGAUUGAUGAGUUUGUGGAGAUGCACCCAGAGAGCGGUAACUUUGUGUCCAAAAAUAUUUUCCGAAUGAAGACGGAGCUUAAUGGGAUCUGGGUGACCCUGAUGAAGUGUUUUAAUUACCCAGUAAAGGAUAGUACUGUCAAACUGGCUAUUGUGUGGUUUACACUGUCAUUCGGGUACUACGGCUUGUCUGUUUGGUUUCCUGAUGUGAUCAAGCAUCUUCAAGCUGAUGAGUACGCUUCUAAAGUUCAGCGGCACUCCAACGAACAAACCGAGGACUUCACAUUUAACUUCACCUUAGAGAACCAGAUCCACACCAACGGUGUAUUCAACAACGACAGAUUCGUACAUAUAAAGUUAAAGUCAGUUACUUUCAUUAACACCACGUUUCAAAACUGCUACUUUGAAGAUGUUUCCUCUCUAAACUCCUUAUUUAAAAACUGCACCAUUCUGGACUCUUUCUUCUACAGUACAGAUAUUGAUGAGACCAAACUGAUAAACACAAAAGUCAUAAACAGCACAUUUGUUCACAACAAAACUGGUUGUCAGAUAACGUUUGAAGAAGACUACAGUGCUUAUUGGGUCUACUUUGUAAACUUCCUGGGGACGCUGGCUGUACUUCCGGGAAAUAUAGUAUCUGCCCUGCUAAUGGAUAAAACCGGGCGGUUAUCGAUGCUAGGCUUCUCUAUGAUCCUUUCCGGAAUCAGCUGCUUCUUUCUCUGGUUUGGCACUAGCGAGGCCAUGAUGAUUGGGAUGCUCUGCCUUUACAACGGUCUCAGUAUUUCAGCCUGGAACUCACUGGACGUCGUCACAGUAGAGCUAUUUCCUACUGACAGAAGGUGUACUGGUUUUGGCUUUUGUAAUGCCUUAUGUAAGCUGGCAGCAGUACUUGGGAACCUGAUUUUCGGCUCUUUGGUCAGUAUUACAAAGGCCAUUCCUAUCCUGUUGGCCUCCUCUGUGCUGGUGUGUGGAGGUCUGGUGGGACUUCGGCUCCCGGACACCAGAUCCAUCGUCCUGAUGUAGAAAGGCAACAGCUUUACUCACCUUGUAGAUUUAAUAUAAUACUUUUUUUUAAGCCUUAUUUUGGAAGAUUAAAUGUGAUAAAAUUAUAA